AUGAUCGAAAGCCGAGCCCGAGCCCCGAAUCUGGAGGACACAAACACUUGGCAGUGUCCACUUGGACGUUUUUCUCAUCCAACAACACAAAACACCGGAGAUAUGGCUACUCGAAUCGUCAGGUAUACCGCACGACCACACAGGGGCUUCGUCCAAGUCUGUGCUGAAUGGCAACUCAUCACUGCGAUCUCGAUUACUACCGUCAUCAUCGCCCUCAACAUUUCCCUCCCCAACUUAUCCAAUCCAUCCUCACAGUCCCUAUCCACAUACCAGACCAGACUACCGACGAUCCAGUACCGAAAUCCGAUCCCGAAAUUCAUCUAUCUUUCCUAUCUGAACCCGGUCAAUGGCCUCUACUUCAAAGGGAACGAUGAUAUCUACUUUGUCAGCUUUUGGGCCUUGCUCUGGCUCACCUUCAGAGAACUCUCGAUUCAAUUCAUCUGGACCCCCAUCGGCACUUGGCUCGGUCUUCGGAAAAACUCUAGCAAACUUGUCAGAUUCGCUGAACAAGGCUGGACGUUGAUCUAUGUUUCAAUCUUUUGGACGAUCGGCGUGAAAAUCCUCUCAGAGUAUCCAGAUCCGAUCUAUACCUUGAACAUCAGACAAUAUUGGGCAGAUCAUCCGCGUGACUCUAUCCCAGCUCUGACCAAAUUCUACUAUCUUUCUCAAGCCGCUUUCUGGAUCCAACAAAUCAUUACUUUGAACCUCGAAAAACCUCGAAAAGAUCACUACCAGAUGCUCACCCAUCAUCUGGUCGCCUGUUUCUUGGUCUGUGGAAGUUACGCGAUUAACUUCACUGGAACAGGAACAGCUAUCCACACCACCAUGGACUUCUCGGAUAUUUUGCUUUGCAUGGCCAAAAUGCUGAACUAUCUGGGAGGCGGAUGGAUGUGCGAUGGGAUGUUCACGCUAUUUGUGCUUUCUUGGAUCGUCACUCGACACAUCAUCUUCCCGAAGAUAAUCUGGUCGAUCUAUGCCGAGCUACCAUUAGAUGUUGAAUGGGUUUGGAACCCAGCUACAGGACAAUUCGCAUCCACUUGGUUCUGGGUCGGCUUCCUAGCCCUGCUCUCGUUCUUGGAGGUGCUCUUGUUAUUUUGGCUGUGGCUGAUCCUGAGGAUCAUGUGGGGCGUCAUUGUGGGAAAUGGAGCUGAAGAUGAACGAUCUGAUAUCGAUGAAAGCGAAAUCGCAGUACGAGAACUUGCGGAAAAUGGUGAAGAUAAGGAUGAUCCGAUCGAAGCGGAGAAGAACCCACUCUUAAUCAACACUCCACAACUAGAAUCGCUGGGCGACAAGAUGCCUGAAUAUGAUGAUCAUAAUCAUGACCGACCUAAACAAAAAUAA